CACAAAAUACUCAUUAAACUAAGGAAGUUCCAAAAGAAAUCGAAGCAGAAGAAGAUAGAUGUAUAUAUAAAAAAAAAUGAAAAAAAUAGAGAGAAGGUAAAAGGAGUGUCCGUCCCUCCCCUAUAAAUAAAACCCCUGAGUAAACCCCUCCCUACAAAAUCUUCAACCCAAAAACACACACACACACUCGCAAAACGGCGAUGGAGCCACAUAUCUUUGAAAAUCUAUGCUCUUCGCCCUUCCAACCGCCUGAGGAUUUCUUCACCCCGGAGGCGUACCGCUUUUUCCCCGCCGCAAACCAUCGCCAAACCCCUCUGAUCACCGAGUCCGACCAAACAAUCGAAUCAGCCUUUUCCAGGCUCAACCUCGCCACCAAUGUCCGAUUCCGGUCCCAGGAGGCGUCGUUCCACGGCCAUCCCGCCGCCGUCGACGUAGGCGGAGCAGCAUCAAUUCCGCCACCAAUGGCUUACGGGGGAAGCCAGCAGCAGCAGGCUUUAAAUUGGGCUCAGACUUCCAGCGUCAAUGGGCCUCUCGGCCUCCCUGGGGCCCGCCAGAAUAUCAAUGUGGGCUCCAGUUUCUCGGGUGGGGGCCCAUACGUUCAUGCAGGUGGUCAUAUUCAUAAUCAAUUGAUAAACUGUUAUCAAAGACUGGAUUUUUGUGAUGCUAACAACUCCGAUGAUUUUGACUACCAUAUCUUGCAUGGCAAGGAAUCCCGAAGGUACAACGUUCCGGUUGUACCUUUGGCUCGAAAGAAUAAUUCUUUUGCAAAUUCUUUGUAUACUGAUCAGCAGUUGUAUAAGUUGGCGCACCAUCUAACUAUUGAAAACAUGAUUGGGAAAAUUGUGUCCUUGGCCAAAGACCUAGUUUGGAGCAGCGUCUUGAUUUUGAAAUUGGAGGUGGGGAUGAGUGAUAAUGAAAUCGAGAUGAUUGUGUUGGAAGUUAUGGAGUCUUGUGAUGAUUUGUUGAGAAAUCAGUUUGGUAGCCAAUUUGUGCAUAAGCUUUUCGCGGUGUGCAAUGAGGAUCAGAGGACUAGGAUCAUCAUGGCCCUCACCAGAGUUCUCACUUCAAUUUGUCUCAACCCUUCUGGGGCUAAAGCUAUACAGAAGUUGUUGGAGAAGCUGAAUACGCCUCAGCAAAUAUCAUUAGUUGUGGCUUCUUUAAUUCCUGAUGCCUUUGUCUUAGCCACCGACUGCAAUGGUCAACAUAUCAUACACUUCUGUGUUAAGCGUUUUCCUGGGGAAUAUACAAAGCACCUUCUGAAAGUGAUUGCAGAAAACUGCUUUAGAAUUGCAACUAAUAAAAGUGGAUGUUGUGUGAUACAAUCAUGCGUGGAAAAUUCUCGUGGAGAAACAAGAGAAAGAUUAGUAAGUGAGAUAAUAGAGAAUGCUGUGCAGCUUGCUGAAGAUCCUUAUGGAAACUAUGUGGUGCAACAUCUUCUCGGGAUGAAGAUGCAAAAAGUCACGAUAUAUCUUCUGAGACAGUUCCAAGGCUGUUUUGUGUCUCUUUCCUGCAACAAGUAUGCCAGCAAUGUAGUGGAGAAGCUCUUACAAUCGGGAGAAGUGGUUUCUGCAACUAUUGUCUUGGAACUGCUGAGAAGCCCAAAUGCCUCGAUGCUUUUAGUAGAUCCCUUUGGAAAUUUUGUCAUUCAAAAUGCAUUGUCGGCAACAAAGGGAAGAGUCUUUGAUUCUUUGGUGAAAUUGAUCCAAGUUAAUGCAGCAUCCAUGCAAAGCAAUCUUUAUGGGAAAAAGAUCCUUGCUUGGUUUGACAAGAAGAAGCCUUAAAAUGCCUCUAGCUAGCUUCUUACAUUAUAAAGAUGGUGGUGUAUAUUUUGUUGUUUUUCUACUUGUUUAAUUGUUUGUCUAAUUCAUAGGUAUUUGCAUCCAACUGCAUAUUUUUGAAGUAGCACUUCGGAUUCAACUAAGCUAAGCAAUGUAGAGAGUGUUGUACAUAAAUUGUAAAUUUGAAGCAGCUACACGUAUUAUUAACUCAGUUACUAUAGCUGAAGUUUGC